AUGUUGUGUGCUUGUUCUGGAGAGCAGCACAAAUUUGAAGAGGUGCCACAAUCACCUGAUUCAUUAGCAACGAGGGAUUUCUCUGCUAGUGGAUUGUCUUCAAGGACUGGAGAUUGGGAAUCUAAGUUCAAUGAAAAUCAAGUUGAAGAUGUUGAAUCUACUUUGAAAGAAGCUCUCUCAUUGAACUAUGAGGAAGCUAGAGCUUUGUUGGGGAGGCUUGAAUAUCAAAGAGGGAACUUUGAUGCUUCCCUUCAAGUGCUUCAGGGUAUUGAUAUUGGUUCUUUGACCCCAAGGAUGAUCAGGGCUAUAGCUGAAAGAAACAAGCAAAGAAAACCUCGUUCCAAGGCGGGUACCGUGCUUCCUAAUCUGAUGUCAAUGCAUUCAGUAAGCCUGCUUCUUGAAGCAAUUUUGCUUAAAGCCAAAUCCUUAGAGAAACUUGAGCGACACGAAGAGGCUGGGAAGGAAUGCCGAAUAAUUGUGGAUACAAUUGAAUCAGCACUUCCUUAUGGAAUGCCCGAAGGUAUCGGUGAAGUUUGUAAGUUGCAGGAAAUGUUCCACAAAGCAUUGGAGUUGCUUCCAAAUCUUUGGAUCAAAGCAGGUUUUCUAGACGAAGCUGUCACUGCUUAUCGGCGUGCACUGGUCAAGCCAUGGAAUUUGGACCCGAGGAGGUUGGCCUGUCUACAAAAGGAUUUAGCUACCACAUUACUCUACGGUGGUGUUGAAGUAAACCUACCAUCUCACUUACAAGUGAAUGGUCCAACAACACCAAUGAGUAACAUCGAAGAAGCGAUACUUUUGUUAUUGAUACUAUCACGAAUGAUGGCACUUCAGACAAUAGAUUGGGAUGCUGAAAUAAUUGAUCAUCUUACAUUUUCGCUUUCAAUUACUGGGAUGUUUGAAUCAUUGGCAGAUUGUGUAGAGCAGAUCCUACCAGGUAUCUUCAGUCGAGCCGAGAGGUGGUAUUUUCUUGCUCUUUGUUAUAGUGCAGCAGGAAACAACGAAGCAGCCUUGAACCUUUUGCGGAAGGUUUGUGGUAAUUCUGAAUCAAAGCAUAUACCUCAUUUUGCUUCAUAUUUGUUUGGUGCAAAACUGUGUUCCCAAUAUCCAAAUCAUGCUCAUGAAGGCGUCAAACUUUCACAACAAGUUAUUGAUCUAGCCAAGCAUCAAAAUGAGCAUUUUAUAGUUCAAGGCCAACAAAUUCUCGGUGUUUGUUAUGGGGCAGCAGCUAGAAAAUCUGUAGUGGAUUCUGAAAGAGUUACUUUUCAAAAAGAGUCUUUGAGCUUUCUAAAUGCAGCUGCUCUAACUGGAGACGGGAAUGCAGAAGUGAUUUUCAGCCUUGGACUCGAAAAUGCGAUUCAGAGGAAUCUAGAUGCGGCUUAUCACAAUAUAAUGAAGUACUCAGACAUGACGGUUGGUAGCUCUGCAAGAGGUUGGCAGUUGUUAGCUCUCAUAGUAUCUGCACAGAAGAGGCUUAAGGAUGCCGAAACUAUAGUUGAUUUUGCUUUAGACGAUGCCGGGAGUGUGGAUCAGUUAGAGCUACUAAGACUUAAAGCUGUACUUCAAAUUUCUCAGAAACAACCAAAGCAAGCUAUAGAGACCUACAAAGUCUUGUUAGCAGUAAUAGAAGCCAGGAAGGAGCUUUCACUUCAAGCUAAGAAUUUCGGGUUUGAUCAAGCGAAAGUAUUCAGGGAUGAGGCAUUAACGGAACGGAAGUUGGAAAGGGAAGCAUGGCAGGAUUUAGCAACCAUUUAUACCGAUGUUAAUUCCUUUCUUGAUGCAAAAGCUUGUGUUGACAAAGCUAAAUUGCUCGAGUUUUUCUCUCCCAGAAGUUGGCAUACUACAGGGAAGUUGUUUGAAGCACAAUCAUUAUACAAGGAAGCCUUUGUUUCAUUCUCAAUCUCAUUGUCAAUAGAACCUGAUUAUGUUCUGAGUAUCAUUUCAACUGCCGAGUUGUUGAUUAAACUUGGUAUGCAAUCAUUUCCAAUGGCAAAAAGCUUUUUAAUGAAUGCUUUGCGAUUGGAACCUACAAACCACGACGCCUGGUUCCAUCUCGGAAUGGUUUCGAAAAUGGAAGGUUCAUUACAACAAGCAGCAGAUUGCUUUCAAGCUGCUUAUGAGCUGAAGUUUACUACUCCAGUGCAAAAAUUUGAGUGA